GAAGUUUCUCAUGAUGAGUUUAAUCCACAGUGAUAUUGAGAAGAUGGAUAAAAUGUAAUAAAUCAUAAGAUAAUCGUUCUAUCUAAAUUCAAAAAAGAAAACAAGACCCAAAGAUACACCUUUUUUUCCUUUAUCAAAUAUUUAUUAAAAAAUAUUGUGAAUGUUUUUUUCAUCUAGUGUUUCCUUUUUUUUGAUUUUUUUGAUUAAAAAAUAGCUCAAUUUUAAAAAUGAGACUCUAACUCUUCAAUAAACCUGAUCUUUUUCUGACACAUUUCUGUGACAAAUUCUCUCGAGUCCUAUUGGUGAUUAUCUUUAAGAGCAAAUAAUUAACCAAUACGAUCACCACACGUGUUCUAUGACACAUAUAAACAUAUCUGAAGGGUGGAGAAAGCUCUUAACAGCGUUAAUCGAUAUAUGUUUUUCUUCAUGAUGUGCGAUUUUACUUCAGUCUAACAUAAUCUCAACGUGAAUAGGUUUUGAAAAAAAGAUAUACUAAGAAAAAAUAUGUGCAUUUUAAUAUUAAUAUAUACAAGAAAUACUUUGUAAUCGAUAUUGUUAUCAAUUUCGGUUAGUUAAUUUUUUCUAUAAUACACAUGCAGAUCACCAAAUUUCGGAAAAUAGAAAAUAAUCAAUAAACUAAAGAAUUUAAGUAAUAUCGAACAAGGUGGUAAUUGAUAUAAAAACAAAGUCGUAAAAGAGAAAUGUAUCAACAUUUAGGAAAUCGAUUAACAUUUUGAUUUGAACCUAAAAAUCGUCUCAGUUGAUCAAAUAUAUUUAAUCAAUAUUCGUAAUUUCAUCAUCAGAAACUAUUUUUUAAAUUUAGAUAUUGGUUUUACAAUCUAAUUUUCAUUUCAUUAUGAUUGAUUACGGAAAAGCAAGUUUUUUUAACAAACGAAAUUCAUUCUUGUCUUCUUUACAUGACUUGUCUAUAUCAUAUUUGAAUGCUCUUAUGUGGCCAUGUGUGUUGAUAAACGAGAUAAAAAAAAAAAGAAACAUUUAUUUGUAUAUGUUUUGAGAGUUCUUAUGAUCAGUUGUUGACAUAAAUAAAAUCCAAAAUUUCAUAAAAAUAUGGUGUUAAGUCUAGCGAAAUGUUUAUUAUUUGUUAUAUGAUGUUUUGUUGACCCAUAUUCUGGUAGAUACUAAAAUUGAUAAUAAGAAAAUAAUCUGUUUCAUUUUCAAAAUUAUUUAGUCUAUCUCAUAUUAGAACCAAUUAUUCAAAACUUUACUUUUUUUUCUUUUUAUUGUUUUCUAUUUUUUCAUAUUACAAACGAAUAAGUAUAAAAAAUUAAAAUUGUAAUUAUUAUAGAUAAUUAUUGUUUCAAUUCUUUUUCCAAAUAAAUGGAAUAUUUAGAUAUUAAAACGAUUGAUAAUUGAAAUAAAUAUAUAUCAGAUAGAAGAUCCUAUUCUAUGAUGAUAAAUGAUGAUAUUGUAUUUGAAUAUUGACUCAAUGCAAUUAAGAUUAAAUAAGAAAAUUAAGAACGACGUACGAGGAAGAACAGAAUAAGAAUAGAUCGCAUAUAGCUGAGUGGCUAAAGAGUGUGGAUGACGCGACGCUGGUUCGAAUCCAGUGCGAAUCGAUAUUUUUUUUCUGUUCUGUACGUUGUUUUUCCAUUGAAUUUUGUCAAAAUUUUUUUGGCUUGGAGUCAGAGGUACCCUCUCGAGAUCUCAACGGGGACGGGGAUAAUUGACCACGCUGAAUCCGAAUAUGCUAUUUUUAUUUUGCGAACACCUACGCUUAAAAACCGCUCCGCGGUGAUAUGUAUUGAAUCACAUUGUCUUAGUACUCCUUCAGCUGAUUCUAUUAGAACUCAUGUACAUUUAAUAUCACCUGUUUUUAAUAUUGGAGAACAAGAAGAUAUUAGUGAAUUUAUUAUUACUUUUUUGGAUCAUUUUAUUUGUUGUUUACCGUCACAUCUGCCAAUAUCAUCUACUCUUUCUUUGGAACCAACGAUUAUUGAUCAAAUAUUCAAUAUUAAGCUUCUAUCAUCUGGACAAUGUCCAUCAUGUUUAUACACUUUCAAAAAAGAAGAAAUUACUAAUAUAUUACUAAUCGAAAUAAAUAAUUUAAACAAUUUAACUGAUGCACUUGCACAUUUCUUUGAUCGAGAAGUAGUAAGCUCCUUUACAUGUAGUAAUUGUUGUAAAUGUGUAAAACUCGACAAGCGUAUUACUAUUAAUGAACUAUCACCAAUAUUAAUUAUAAAUUUUAAACGAUGCACUAUGUCAUUUGAUUCAACUGAAAAGCUUUCACAUCAAGUGAAUUACAAUGAAUUAUUAGAUGUUUCUCCUUAUAUGACGCCUUAUUCACUUGCUUCAAGCGAAAAAACUGAAAAGAUUAAUUCAUCAAAUAAUUUUUUUUACAAAUUGUACGCCAUCAUCAAUCAUAUUGGUGAUAAUCUUAAUAGCGGUCAUUAUUAUUCUCAUGCCCGAUCAGUAGACAACUGUUGGUUUCUUGUCGACGAUGCACAUUGUGCAAAUGUAUCUUCAAUUGAAGUUUUAAACCAUCCUGAAGCUUUAAUACUAUUUUAUGCUAAUGUAUUUCAUAUGUCCAAAACAGUAGAUACGUUAUUUCAACAAAUACCAAAACCAUUAACAUCUGUAAUAACAGAAAGCAACAUUGCCUCGAAUUCUUCUAUUUUAAGCUCAUCUAUGCCAGCAAAUUCAACAUCUAUUAAUGAAUCAAUAAUAUUUUCGGAUGAAAAAAUAUCGAAAACCAAGUCUUUAAUAAUUACGACGAAAGCGAUGCAAUCUGAUAAUUUGAAUUCCUUACGUAAUAUUCAAUCAAUGUCUGACAAUACUCUUUCUACAGUUAAUUCAUCAAAAACUAUUGUUUUAAACAAGGAUCCUGUCCCUGAAGAAACAGAAAGUAGUAUAACAAUUAUUAAAAAAUGUUCAAACAAACUCAUCAAAGAUAAACAGAAGACCAUUGAUCAUAUAUUAAAUAAAGAUAUAUCACAACAACCAAUGUAUUAUAAAAAGUCUUUCUUAAAUAAAACAUUUGAUGAUUCAAUACAUCAAGUAUCUGAUGAAACUUGUAAGAAAUUAGCAUCAGUGGCAGCAGGUGUAUCGAUUGACGAAAUAUAUGAAGAUACACUUGAACAAAAGCACUUCUUUCGUUUAAGUCAAAAUGAACUCUUAAAAAUGAAUAAAUUUCGGCAAGAAGAAUUAGAAAAACAAUCUAAUCGCAAAAUGCAACUGCCCAGUCAAGCAAAAAAAUCAGAAAACGCGUUUAAACACUAUAAAAAUCGUGAACGUUUUCGGAUGCUAAUCGCGGUUCCCGUUUGUG